UACGUUUGUGUAGUUUGAAACACGCCUAGUCUGUCGAAAAAGAAAAAUGCGCAUAUUGUCAUCUCUUUUGUGUGCGAUCCUUUUGGAAUAGAUAUCCACGCGUAAAUAACAAUUUAUUCGUUGAACAAUAAACACUUGAUUCAAAAUAAGCAUUUUUAAUUUGAUUUUAUUCCGUUUUAGCGAAGCAAGGCCUCAGGUUGUUUAUCUGGUCUUUACUUUAGGACAGCGAGGAUAACCAGCCUGCUGCUCUCCUUCCACACUGAGCCCAAGCCUAUACUGACUGGGUCCAGAUUGUGACAAAGAAGUUCCCUGGGCACCGCAGGAGGAGAUGGCAUCAGUGAAAGAAAGCAGUCAAACUCUCCGGCUGAAUAUCAUCACAAAAGAUAUAGAAGAGGAAGUGAAGAUUUGGGAAUGCGACGAUUACGCAGAAGAGAGUCCAGAGAUGGCGUCAGUGAAGGUGGCAGACAGCAGUCAAACACUGGGGCUGAAUGUCACCUUUAAAGAAGAGGAGAAGGAUGACUUUGGGGAAUCUGAUCAUGGAGAGACCCCUAACUCCUCUGACCAAGUUGAGACAUUUCCUGCUUCAGUCAAGCAUCGUCGGAAAGUGAGUAAAGUGAAGAGGUCUCACCACUGUCCCCACUGUGAGAAGAUUUUCCCUUUCCUUUCAUAUCUUGAAAGACACGUGCGAAAACAUUCCGGAGAGAAGCCUUACUCUUGCUCUGACUGUGGGAUGAGUUUCUCCCAACUGAGUGGCUUGAAUGUGCACCAGCGAACACACACUGGAGAGAAGCCUCACCACUGUCCUCACUGUGAGGAGAGUUUCCCAUUCCCAUCAUAUCUUGAAAGACACCUGCGAAAACAUUCAGGAGAGAAGCCUUAUUCCUGCUCUGUCUGUGGGAUGAGUUUCUCUCAACGCAGUGGCUUGAAUGUGCACCAGCGAUCACACACUGGAGAGAAGCCUCACCACUGUCCUCACUGUGAGGAGAGUUUCCCAUUCCCAUCAUAUCUUGAAAGACAUCUGCGUAAACAUUCUGGAGAGAAGCCUUAUUCCUGUUCUGACUGUGGGAUGAGUUUCUCGCAACUGAGUGGCUUGAAUGUGCACCAGCGAACACACACUGGAGAGAAGCCUCACCACUGUCCUCAGUGUAAGGAGAGUUUCCCAUUCCCAUCAUAUCUUGAAAGACACAUGCGAAAACAUUCUGGAGAGAAGCCUUAUUCCUGCUCGGUCUGUGGGAUGAGUUUCUCGCAACUGAGUGGCUUGAAUGUGCACCAGCGAACACACACUGGAGAGAAGCCUCACCACUGUCCUCACUGUGAGAAGAGUUUCCCAUUCCCAUCAUAUCUUGAAAUACACCUGCGUAAACAUUCUGGAGAGAAACCGUACUCCUGCUCUGACUGUGGGAAAUGCUUCACCACAUCAAGUCAUCUAACCUCUCAUCGGAUAACUCACACAGGGGAGAAGCCUUACUCCUGCUCUGACUGUGGGAAGAGUUUCCCAUUCCCAUCAUAUCUUGAAAGACACCUGCGGAAACAUUCUGGCGAGAAGCCUUACUGCUGCUCUGACUGCGGGAAAUGCUUCACCACAUCAAGCAAUCUAACACUUCAUCAGAGUGCACACAGGGGAGAAGCCUUACUAAUGAUCUGACGAGUGUGGAAGAAUCUCAUCUGGACAGCCUGAACCUUCGCAAGUAAAACACACAGGAAUAAAACCUUACUCCUGCUCUAAACGUGGGGAAGGAUUUCACCUCACCAAGUCAUCUAACCGUUCAUAAGAGAGUGCACACAGGAAAAAAAGCCUUAUCAAUGUUCUGAAUGUGGGUACCGUCAAACACCACCAGCGAAUAAGUACAGGAGAGAAGUCGUACUCUUGUACUGACUGUGAGAAGUGCUUCACCUCAUUGAAUCAGUUAUAGUGCUAUGAACACUUAUCUGCUACGUCUUUGCUGAUCAAUUACAUUGUGCUGCCCUUUUUAUAGACCUGUGGAAGUCUUUCGGUUGUGUUGACCAAUUUUGGCGGAAGGUGGAAGGUUGCCAGAUCGAAUCCCCGAGCUGACCAGGUAAAAUUCUGUCGUUCUGCCCCCGAACAAGGCAGUUAGCCCACUGUUCCUAGGCCAUCAUUGAAAAUAAGAAUUUGUUCUUAACUGACUUGCCUACUUAAAUAAAAAUUGGCCUGGGUCAGGCAACCUGCAUUUGGUUCGAAAACAACCUGCCCGAGAGGACACUUCUGGUGUUAAGUAAAGUUUCCUUUAGUACUAAAGGUGCCCCUGCCCCCCAGGGUCGAUUUUGGGCCCUGUACUUUUUACUAUCUAUAUAAACACUAUUGGUUUGUAAGAAAUUGUAACCUCCACUUGUAUGUGGACGAUACUGUCGUGUAUUCUGUUCACAAGGCUCGUCCAGAACUACAAUCUGCCUUAUGUUUUGCAGAACUGAAGUUGGUACUUAAUGCAGGUAACCAGGUAUGUUAUUUUCAAAAACACUUAAAUGUAUUUGAUGUUUUAUCCAUAUAUAUAUAUUCAUUGGAUGGUGACAACAUUGAUAGUGUCCCUGUUUAUUAUAAUACAUGGGACUUAUUUUCAAUGUCGCUUUUACCAUUGUGGAAGAAACAAAACCAUGAAACCAAGGGGGAGGGGCUUAAAGGGAAACGAGUGUGAUGUCAGUGUGGGGGAGGAGUUCGCCACCAUUUGGAGCGUAGUGAGUUGCAGUAGUCGAGACGAUAAAUGCUUGGAUCUGGGUUUCAGCAACAGAUGUGGUGGAAAGAGGGUGCAGUCCAGGAUAACACCUGGUUUGAGGCAAUGGUUAGAUCGUUAACAUGUGUAAAAUGACAAGUAUUGAUACAUAUUUGAAUUCAAUCUAUUAAAGAUAUAUGGAACUGUUUGGUCAA